AUGUUCACGGGUAUCAUCGAGGAGAUCGGCACUGUGGUGUCCAUGCAGGAGCGCAAUGACCUGCUGCUAUGGAACGGUGAGCGUGGCACUGGCUUUGAGCUAGUGGUGCGCGUUAAGGUGGCGCUGGAGGGCGCGUAUCUAGGCUGCAGCAUCGCCGUCAACGGCACGUGCCUGACCGCCACAAGUAUCGACGAGGACCGCGUGGCCUUUGGUGUGGCGCCCGAGACGUUGCGUCGCACCAACCUGGGUGAGCUCAAGGCUGGCGACAAGGUGAACGUGGAGCGCAGUAUGGGUGUGGAUGCGCGCAAUAGCGGUCACUUCGUGCAGGGCCACGUGGACGGCACAGGCUCCAUUUUGUCCUUCACGCGCGAGGACGACUCGCUCUGGGUCAAGAUCUCCGCCACACCCGAGAUUCUGCGUGAUAUCGUGACCAAGGGCUACAUCGCCAUCGACGGCACGAGCCUCACGGUGUGCGAAGUGGACCGCACGAACGGUUGGUUCUCCAUCAUGCUGAUCUCUUAUACACAGAACCACAUCAUCCUGCCGCUUAAGAAGGUCGGCGACCGUGUCAACCUCGAACCGGAUGUGCUUGGCAAAUACGCCGCGCGCUCCAUGGGCGGCGUACUUGAACGGGUGGAUGCUCUUGAGAGCCAGCUACGGUUCACCAAGCGCGUGACGGUGGGACUCACCGUAAUUGCCGCCGCGUUGGCCGUGACUCUCCUUCGGAAGUAA